CCGGGGAGAGCCGCUAUAAAGGCAGGUAAAGCGGCGGCACCCGAGCCGGGAGCGGGAGCCGGAGCCGCGCAGGGGCAGCCCCGGGAUGACCGGCCACCGCAGCUGGGGCUACGGCCGGGAUGACGGACCCUCAGAGUGGCACAAAUCCUACCCUAUUGCCCAAGGGAACCGCCAGUCACCUAUUGAUAUUGUUUCUGCAAGAGCAGUGUAUGACCCUAAUCUGAAGCCGCUUAUUGUCUCCUACGAAUCAUGUACAUCUCUCAGCAUCUCCAACAACGGCCACUCGGUGAUGGUGGAGUUUGAAGAUGCUGAUGACAAGACAGCAAUCAGUGGUGGCCCCUUUGAGAAUCCUUUUCGGCUGAAGCAGUUUCACUUUCACUGGGGGACAAAGCACAGCCAGGGAUCAGAACAUACAAUUGAUGGCAAACCCUUUCCAUGUGAGCUCCACUUAGUUCACUGGAAUGCCAGAAAAUAUGCAACAUUUGGAGAAGCAGCAGCAGCUCCAGAUGGCCUGGCAGUAGUUGGUGUUUUCUUGGAGAUUGGGAAAGAACAUGCCAAAAUGAACAGACUCACUGAUGCUUUGUAUAUGGUAAAAUUUAAAGGAACAAAAGCUCCAUUUAGAAGCUUCAACCCCAAAUGUCUCCUGCCUUUGAGUCUAGACUAUUGGACAUACCUUGGUUCUUUGACAACACCACCCCUGAAUGAGAGUGUAACAUGGAUAGUGCUGAAAGAACCAAUCAGAAUUUCUGAGAAACAGCUGGAGAAGUUCCGCAUGCUCCUCUUCACCAGUGAGGAAGACCAGAGGAUCCAAAUGGUGAAUAAUUUUCGCCCCCCUCAGCCUCUUAAAGGGAGGGUAGUUCGAGCUUCCUUCAAGGCCUGAAGAAAACUGAUACUGGCCCUGAGAUAUCCAAGAGCUUCCACAUCUGAGAUACUAUACACGGGAAAGCUGGUCUUCAGAUCACUCACAGAACACAUGAGAUACCAUUUCCAUGAAGACUACUUCAAGGGGAACAAUCUUUGGAUUUCAUAUUUUAUUUGAAUUGCUCAUUCUUUUGAGAAAUGGGAUCUUUUUAACUAGCACUUUUAAUAUAAGGGAUAGUCGAGUAAAUGGGUGUGUUUUCCAAAAUCUGAAACUCUAAAAAUUAAGAUGAAACUAAAAUCCCACUUAAUAUAAAAUGGGAAAUUAUGUAGUGGUCUACUAGUACUGAUGGCCACAACUUCUAAUAGUCUUAUUUAAUACAUGUUGAAACAGUAGUCAAGAAUUUAAGUCAAACUGGACUUAAAUUUUCCUGACUGACCUCUUGUCUGAUCUAAAGAUUGCUUUCCCUGUAUUCUUGCUGUUUGUUGACACAUACUGUGCACCUGAGGAGCACUAGUAUGAAAAUUACAUAUAUAUUUUACUGUUCUAAAAUUAUAUUUUAUAACUAAUUUAAAAUAGCAAUGAAAAUGCUGUGAAAUGCUGUGUCUAAGAGCAGGCCAUUUUGUUGCACAGUGUGCAGACAUCUGUUCUUUUAGCCCAUGCAGCACACAACUGUGAUGUCCUUGUGAAUUUUCUUGGAAAAAAACCAUCUAUAGCAAUUCAGGUAUGUGUGUUGUGGUUCUCAAUUGUUCAAAUUCUACCUCAGUUAAGUGAUUUGCUCUGCAAUACAACCUCCUUUAUUAUCUGCCCUGAAGAAAGUAGCUACUGUUUCUGUAGGGACCUAAGAUGGGCAGACCUUGACUGCACUGACCGUGCAUCGCUGCACAAACAUCCCCUUGCCAUGGCAGGCUGUUGGGGGUACACUCCUUGCAGGUGCCAGGUUUCAGCAGGCCCGAGUCCUUUUACUUUUUCAGAAGAAAGUUAGAAAAGCCAUGUGUUAGUAAUCCUGCUUCUGCUUAGUGACAAACUGCAGGCUUGUGUCUCUGGCACUAAAUACUGUCAUGUUAUCUCUCACUGCCCACAGCCUAUUUUCAGUCACUUUUAAUUCUGGGCUUCAAAUGCUCUACUUCAGCAAUUUCUAUCUGGACUAUACAGAUGAUGUUUAUCAAUUCUCAUCAACUUGGAGGGAGGAAUCAUCAAAGAUGUACAAUGUAAAGGACAGCAUGGGGGGGAAGGGGAAGAACAGCUACUAUGGGCUGUUCCCCUUUUUCAGACUAGGAGAAAGACACUAGAUGUGAAGCACAGGAAAAGGAAUGGAAGACUAGAAUCCAGACCUAACUCUUCUACAGUUUUCCUGCUACACUGACCUAAAACUUCCUGUUCCUCAGUUUCCUCUUACAUAAAAGGAGGGUAACACUGACCUACCUCACAGGGACGUUGUGAGGGCUAAUUCAGCGUUGUUUUAGAUGUGAGAUUCUUAUAUGGCAGAUGCUAAGGGAAAUAGAAAAUAAUUUAAAAAUGCAAUGUUUUUAGCUAUUAUGAAUGUAAUUUUGCUAGUAAUGCAAACUGAUAUUGCAGAAAUUCUAUUUAAUGUAUCUUAAUUUCUUUAACAAGUGAAAUAAAUGAGACUUUAAAAUCAA